AUGAGCCAAACUCCAAGCUUGAAACGGAAGCAACAGACCAUCUCUAGCUUCUUCACCAAGGCUACACCCAGCCCAUCGUCGAACGGAAGUACGACUAUUCAGAAAAAAGGGAAAGAAAAUGGCCAACGACGUCAUACUGAAGGGUCCCCCGGGCCUGAAUCAAGGCCUCAGCAAGUGAAUAAUGGCCUCGGCGAAGGUGAUGACGAGGACGAUGAUGAGGACGAGGUUAUACUACCGGUAAAAAAACGAAUAAGGAGCAGUGCCUGGAAACCUGCCGAGAAGGAACCAGAAAAGCAGCCAGAGAUAAAUGGUCAUGAUGCGGAGAGGGAAAACGAGCCACCCAGUCCUCCACCAAACGCAGAACCCCGGUCUUCUGCGUCUCGAGCAGAAAUGUUCCGAUUCCAAUUGUCCCCUGUGCAACCCACGGCAGUAGAACAGAUACCGGCUGCAGAACGGAAGCGAAAAGACCAAUUACACCAGAAAUUUGUCUGGCGGCUGGGCGGGCCAGAUUGCCUUCCCUCCUUACGUUCUCACGAUGGUGGUUCGGAAGUAGAUCUAGCGAUCGAAGGUGUGGCAAGCGAUGAGGAGGAGGAACAGACAACGGCUCCUGCACCGAAAGGGAAAGCAGGGAAGAAAGCGGGUGGAUCUAAACUGACACCAAUGGAGAGGCAGAUAAUCGAUAUCAAGAAUAAACAUCUUGAUGCGGUACUGUUGAUUCAGGUGGGGUAUAAAUAUCAAUUUUAUGGCGAGGAUGCGAAGAUUGCAGCCAAGGUAUUAAGCAUAGUGUGUAUCCCGGGGAAAUUGAGGUUUGAUGAGCAUCCAUCGGAGGCGCAUCUCACUCGAUUUGCGUCAGCUAGUGUACCUAUUCACCGGUUACAUGUACAUGUCAAACGGCUGGUGACCGCCGGGUAUAAAGUUGGCGUGGUUAAACAGCUCGAGACCGCCGCUUUAAAAGCUGCUGGUGAUAAUAGGAAUGCACCUUUUGUCCGCAAGCUUACGAACAUGUACACCAAGGCAACAUAUAUAGAAGGCGAAGCUGAGCUGGAGUUGUCUGGUGGCUUAGAACCGUCUACAGGCCAUCUGCUCUGCUUAACAGAGGGCAGCGCCAAAGGCCAAGGCAAUGAUGAGAAGGUCCAAAUUGGCAUUGUUGCGGUCCAACCAGCUACUGGGAACGUUAUAUACGAUAGCUUUGAGGACGGGUUUAUGCGAAGCGAGAUUGAAACGAGACUAUUACAUAUUGCACCCUGCGAGCUACUCCUAGUCGGAGAUCUGUCUACGGCAACAAACAAACUCGUGCACCAUCUCUCGAAAGGCAGAAUGACUACAUUCGGCGAUAGUGUGCGGAUUGAGCGAACCAAUAAAUCCAAGACAGCCGCUGCCGAAGCACAUAGCCAUAUCUCCAAUUUCUAUGCUGGAAAGAUGACAGCGACAGGGACGUCAGAGGACGCAAAGGCGAGCAGCCUGCUUGAUAAGGUGUUGAAUCUACCUGAGGAUGUUACCAUCUGCCUCUCGGCUAUGAUUAAUCAUUUGACUGAAUAUGGGCUGGAGCAUGUUUUUGACCUUACAAAAUAUUUUCAAUCCUUUUCAGCAAGAUCCCACAUGCUGCUUAACGGCAACACGUUGACAAAUCUGGAGAUCUAUCAAAACCAGACAGAUUACUCCUCAAAGGGCAGCUUGUUUUGGAGUAUGAACCGGACGCGGACAAAGUUUGGACAACGUCUACUCCGCAGGUGGGUUGGAAGGCCGCUGCUGGAGAAGGCAAAGCUUGAGGAACGCACUGAAGCUGUGACGGAGCUACUCGACUCAGAGAAAACUACUCUAACAUACAACCUGGGGUCCCUUUUAUCUCAGAUCAAAAUAGAUCUAGAAAAGGCCCUGAUUCGGGUGUAUUAUGGGAAGUGUACUCGCCCUGAGCUUUUAACCAUGCUGAAAAGCAUGCAAACAAUCGCGACGGGUUUCUCGCAUGUGAAGUCUCCAGCGGAUACUGGCUUCACAUCUCCUAUCCUGAGCGAGUCCAUCGCCAUCCUGCCGACGAUGCAGGAGGAUGUUGUUACCUAUUUAAAUAAAAUCAACGAAGCAGCAGCGAAAAAAGAUGAUAAGUAUGAUUUCUUUCGAGAAUCGGAGGAAUCCGAGGAGAUAGGCGAACAUCGUAUGAUGAUCGGGACGAUAGAGUAUGAGCUCAAGGACCACCUGAAGUCUAUCGCCGAGACUCUGGGUAAAAAGAAGGCCCAGUAUGUGUCUGUUGCAGGGAUUGACUACCUGGUGGAAGUCGAGAACUCCCAAGGCUCCUUGAAGAAGGUACCGGCCUCCUGGCGGAAGAUCAGUGGUACAAAGAAGGUAUCACGCUUUCAUACCCCUGAAGUCGUGAAAAUGAUGCGGGAAAGAGACCAACAAAAGGAGUCUCUUGCUGCUGCGUGUGAUACUGCGUUCUCAUGUCUCCUUAAAGGCAUAUCGACGAAAUACCAGCUAUUCCGCGAUUGUAUCCAAGCUCUUGCAACAAUUGAUGCAUUGUACUCGCUAUCUGUCAUCGCCGCGCAGCCAGGCUAUGUCAAACCAAAGUACACGGAUGACACCACCAUCAGCAUUUCGCAAGGGCGUCAUCCGAUGGCCGAGAAGGUUCUGAUCGACUCUUACGUACCUAAUGAUACCCAUCUAAGCACAGAUGAAACCAGAGCUCUACUCGUCACCGGGCCUAACAUGGGCGGAAAAUCCAGCUACGUACGCCAGAUAGCUUUGAUCUGCAUUAUGGGCCAGAUCGGUUCCUACGUGCCGGCGGAAUCCGCGACACUGGGCAUGUUGGACGCUGUAUACACACGCAUGGGGGCAUUUGACAACAUGCUUGCAGGCGAGUCUACAUUCAUGGUCGAAUUAUCAGAGACAGCAGAUAUUCUGAAACAAGCCACUCCGCGAUCACUGGUAAUACUUGACGAGCUGGGCCGUGGAACAUCUACACAUGAUGGCGUGGCUAUAGCCCAGGCAGUUCUAGACUACAUGGUCCGCAGUCUACGGAGUCUAACGCUGUUUAUCACGCAUUACCAGAAUCUCAGCCGACUUGCCCAUGCAUUCCCCGGCGGCGAGCUACGGAAUGUGCACAUGAAGUUCACCGAGACCGGCGAUGAAGGCCAGGAUAUCACUUUCCUCUACGAAGUGGGUGAAGGCGUAGCUCAUCGGUCGUAUGGGUUGAACGUUGCCAAGCUAGCUAAUAUCCCGUCUGAGGUCUUGGAGGUCGCGAGAACCAAGUCUGAAGAACUGGAGGCUAAGAUUAGCAGGAAGAAGAUGGACGGUAUGCUGAGGGGUAUAUUCCAGACUCUGUCUGAUGAGAACUCCGAUGAAAGUGCCAUGGACCUUGUUGGGCGUCUUCUGAAUGAUAUCGAGCUGUUGUAA